UGGAUUUUGGGGGAAGGUGAUGGGGGGGGGAGGUGCAGACUUCGGGAAUCAGGGCGCGGACGCUGGGCGUGGACCCCGUCAUUGUUCCCGGCUAGCUCUUAUCUCCCGGGAGCAAGUAUCCUGUGUGCGCAGCGCGUGAAUGUGUCUGGGCAUCUCCGCGUAUAUUUAUAUAGUGUGUGAUGCGAAAAGCAGGACCAGCCGAGGGAAGGAAGAGGGGGUGUAGGGGGAGGGAAGAAGAGGGAGAACAGAGGGGAGAGAAGAGAGAGGAGAGCUCGAGGCGAGAGAGAGAGAGAGAGAGAGAGAGAGAGAGAGAGAUAGGACUUCCUCCCCGAUUCGCAAAGUGAAGUCACUUCCCAAAAUUAGCUGAAAAAAAAGUUUCAUCCGGUUAACUGUCUCUUUCGCUCCGCUACAACAACAAACGUGCACAGGGGAGCGAGGGCAGGGCGCUCGCAGGGGGCACGCAGGGAGGGCCCAGGGCGCCAGGGAGGCCGCGCCGGGCUAAUCCGAAGGGGCUGCGAGGUCAGGCUGUAACCGGGUCAAUGUGUGGAAUAUUGGGGGGCUCGGCUGCAGACUUGGCCAAAUGGACGGGACUAUUAAGGAGGCUCUGUCGGUGGUGAGCGACGACCAGUCCCUCUUUGACUCAGCAUACGGAGCAGCGGCCCAUCUCCCCAAGGCCGACAUGACUGCCUCGGGGAGUCCUGACUACGGGCAGCCCCACAAGAUCAACCCCCUCCCACCGCAGCAGGAGUGGAUCAAUCAGCCAGUGAGGGUCAACGUCAAGCGGGAGUAUGACCACAUGAAUGGAUCCAGGGAGUCUCCGGUGGACUGCAGCGUGAGCAAAUGCAGCAAGCUGGUGGGUGGAGGCGAGUCCAACCCCAUGAACUACAACAGCUAUAUGGACGAGAAGAAUGGCCCCCCUCCUCCCAACAUGACCACCAAUGAGAGGAGAGUCAUCGUCCCUGCAGACCCUACACUGUGGACACAGGAGCAUGUGAGGCAGUGGCUGGAAUGGGCCAUAAAGGAGUACGGCUUGAUGGAGAUCGACACAUCCUUUUUCCAGAACAUGGAUGGCAAGGAACUGUGUAAAAUGAACAAGGAGGACUUCCUCCGCGCCACCACCCUCUACAACACGGAAGUGCUGUUGUCACACCUCAGUUACCUCAGGGAAAGUUCACUGCUGGCCUAUAAUACAACCUCCCACACAGACCAAUCCUCACGACUGAGCGUCAAAGAAGACCCUUCUUAUGACUCAGUCAGAAGAGGAGCAUGGGGCAAUAACAUGAAUUCUGGCCUCAACAAAAGUCCUCCCCUUGGAGGGGCACAAACGAUCAGUAAGAAUACAGAGCAACGGCCCCAGCCAGAUCCAUAUCAGAUCCUGGGCCCGACCAGCAGUCGCCUAGCCAACCCUGGAAGUGGGCAGAUCCAGCUGUGGCAAUUCCUCCUGGAGCUGCUCUCCGACAGUGCCAACGCCAGCUGUAUCACCUGGGAGGGGACAAACGGGGAGUUCAAAAUGACGGACCCCGAUGAGGUGGCCAGGCGCUGGGGCGAGCGGAAAAGCAAGCCCAACAUGAAUUACGACAAGCUGAGCCGGGCCCUCCGAUAUUACUAUGAUAAAAACAUUAUGACCAAAGUGCACGGCAAAAGAUAUGCCUACAAAUUUGACUUCCACGGCAUUGCCCAGGCUCUGCAGCCACAUCCAACCGAGUCGUCCAUGUACAAGUACCCUUCUGACAUCCCCUACAUGCCUUCCUACCAUGCCCACCAGCAGAAGGUGAACUUUGUCCCUCCCCAUCCAUCCUCCAUGCCUGUCACUUCCUCCAACUUCUUUGGAGCCGCAUCACAAUACUGGACCUCCCCCACGGGGGGAAUCUACCCCAACCCCAAUGUCCCCCGCCAUCCUAACACCCAUGUGCCUUCACACUUAGGCAGCUACUACUAGAAGCUUACUCAUCGGUGGCCUUCUAGCUGAAGCCCAUCCUGCACACUUACUGGAUGCUUUGGACUCUACAGGACAUAUGUGGCCUUGAAGAGAAGACAAAACUGGAUGUUCUUUCUUGUUGGAUAGAACCUUUGUAUUUGUUCCUUAAAAACAUUUUUUUUAAUGUUGGUAACUUUUGCUUCCUCUACCUGAACAAAGAGAUGGAUAAUUCCAUGGGCCAGUAUGCCAGUUUGAAUUCUCAGUCUCCUAGCAUCUUGUGAGUUGCAUAUUAAAAUUACUGGAAUGGCUAUGUCAUGGUUCUGAGAAAGAAGCUGUACAUUUUCUUUAUGUUUUUAUGACCAAAGCAGUUUCUUAUCAAUACACGGGUCUCAUUAGGGGUUCAGUACGACACAGAAUCAUGGAUUUAACCAGUCAUGUUCUGGUUUGAGAUUUAGUGAAAAUAGAGGUGGGAAGCUUAUAAUCUAAUUUUAGGAGGACCGAAUUCAGUGGAUGGCAACUGGAACAUUGAUUGUAAGGCCAGUGAAGUUUUCACCCAACUGGAAUUUGAUGGAAAGAAGGUGUGUGUGUUUAAGACGUCAAGGGCAUUGCAGAAUCCCCCUCAGUGGACAGUAUGCACUCAACUGACCACUCUCUCUAGAAAUAGUCAAGAUACGAACUAAGAAAUUUUAAUGCAAAUACAUACAUUCCUGAAAGAUGGGGAAUUAAAUAACUAUUUUUUUUAAAUGAUGACAGUGGGUCCCAGAACUUGGAAAAGUUGUAGGGAUUUCUAAACUCAAACAGAUUCGCAAGCGCUGUGCGCUUGUCAGACCAUCCGACCAGGGUCAACCAAUCAGAAGGCAACUUACUGUAUAAAUUAUGCAGAGUUAUUUUCCUAUAUCUCACAGUAUUAAAAAUAAAUAAUUAAAAAUUAAGAAUAAAUAAACGAGUUGACCUCGGUCACAAAAGCAGUUUUACUAUCGAAUCAGUCGCUGUUAUUUUUUUUAAAUGUAAUUUGUACAUCUUUUAUCAAUCUGUACAUUUGGGCUGUUUGUACGUUUUUAUAGCUGGUUUUUAAAAAGCAUAAUAUGACUAUUGCUGAAAAGGAAACAGGGCUGUUUAAGUCACUGACUUACGAGAAAGCAAAGCACUGGUACAGUUAUUUAACAGGCAUACACAAGCAAGGAAAGAUAAUCCAUUUAGAUCUUUAAUGCUUCGGAAAUGUGUGUAACAGUACUGCAAUAAUCACAGCUCUGGGAAAAACAACAAAACUUUCCCUUGUGCAGAGGAGGGAUUUUCCUGCUCUAUAUAUGCAACAUAUUUUUAGACAUUAAAAUAUAUAUAAUUUUGCAGGUAAUUGUUGACUUUUUUAACUAUAUGAAGUGUUAAGCUGACAACUGUCAAUGAAGACCAUGUUGUAAAAUAAUUUGACUAAAUAAAUGGUUCCUUCUCUCAGCGCU